AUUUUCACAUUGAUUGACGUGGGGACACAAGCCACAAUGAGGAACUCCUCUACCUUUCUGGCAGCCACUCUCUCAAUGGUCAUUUUCCUCCUUCUAAUUCCUGAAGAUCUCUGUGUAAAAAUUAUUGGAGGAAAUCAAGUGACUCCUCACUCAAGACCCUACAUGGUGCUACUUCAAGGGGAAAAUAUCUGUGCCGGGGCUUUGAUUGCAAAGGACUGGGUAUUGACUGCAGCUCACUGUAACCUGAACAGAAGAUCCCGGGUCAUUCUUGGGGCUCACUCAAUAACCAAGAAAGAGCCUGAAAAACAGAUCCUGUUUGUUAAGCAAGAGUUUCCCUAUCCAUGCUAUGACCAGGACACGCAUGAGGGUGAUCUUAAACUUCUAAAGCUGAACAAAAAAGCAACAAUUAAUAAAAACGUGGCUAUCCUUCCUCUCCCUAAAUUGGGGGAUGAUGUGAAACCGGGAACUGUGUGUCGAGUUGCAGGGUGGGGUAUGUUUUACAAUAAUUCACCUCCGUCUGAUAUUUUGAGAGAGGUCAAUGUCACCGUCAUAGACAGAAAAAUCUGCAACGAUCAAAGGCACUAUAAUUAUAACCCUGUGAUUGAACUGAAUAUGAUUUGUGCCGGAAGCCUCCAAGGUGGAAGAGACUCCUGCAGUGGAGAUUCUGGAAGCCCUUUGAUAUGUGAAGGCAUUUUCAGAGGCAUCACUGCCUUUGGCCUUCCAGGGAAAUGCGGAGACCCUCGAGGACCUGGCAUCUAUACUCUUCUCUCAAAGAAACACCUCAGCUGGAUAGCUAAGACUAUGAAACAUGCAGUUUAGAUAACCGUAUUUCAUUUCAUUUGCUGUUGCUUCUUUUUUUUUCAUUUUUUAUUAGAGUAUAGUUGAUUUACAAUGAUGUAUUAGUUUCAGGUGUACAGCAAAGUGAAUCAGUUAUUCAUAUACAUAUAUUCACUCCUUUUUUUUAGAUUCUUUUCCCAUAUAGGCCAUUACAGAGUAUUGAGUAGAGUCCCCUGUACUAUACAGCAGAUUCUUAUUAGUUAUCUGUUUUAUAUAUAGUAGUGUGUAUACGUCAGUCCCAAUCUCCCAAUUUAUCCCUCCCGCCCCUUAUCCCCUGGUAACCAUAAGUUUGUUUUCUACAUCCAUGAGUCUACUUCUGUUUUGUAAAUAAGUUCAUUUGUACCCUUUUUUAUUAAGAUUCCACAUAUAAGCGAUAUUAUACGAUAUUUGUCUUUCUGUGUCUGACUUACUUCACUCAGUACAACAAUCUCUAGGUCCAUCCAUGCUGCUGCAAACAGCAUUAUUUUGUUCCUCUUUAUGGCUGAGUAAUAUUCCAUUGUAUAUAUGUACGACAUCUUCUCUCUCCAUUCCUCUGUUGAUGGACAUUUAGGUUGCUUCCAUGUCCUGGCUAUUGUAAGCAGUGCUGCAAUGAACAUUGAGGUGCAUGUAUCUUUCUGAAUUAUGGUUUUCUCCGGGUAUAUGCCCACUGCUGUCAUGUCUUAAUUUCAUCAUAAAUAAAAUCAAUUUGUAUCACUGUA